GGGCAUAAGCCGCCGCAGGGACUUGGAGGAUGUACUAGUGGGAGGUGAAGACUUGGAGGCGUGGCCUGUAGGGCCAGGUGCGCGAGCGGGCAAAAGCCGCCUCAGGGAUUUGGAGGAUGUACUAGCGGGAGGAGGCCAAGAGUCAACACGAAUUGUCCGUGCUCACAACUACUGCCCCGUUGGUGAGGAUUUUCACCAGUUAAUCUGAUGUUGUCUUCUGGGUGGGCAAAUAAAAAAGACCAAAAGAAGUGAAAGUGUUGGGAAAUGGUUCCACACCGUAUGCAGUUGGCUCCUCAAACUUGUAGUGAAAAUUACAAAUUUCAUUGGAAUUUGGUGAAGUUUAGAAAGAACAAAUGUAGACUGGGAUACUCAAGACAGUUUUCAGAACCAAGAAGUUGUGGACAAACAAAAUGUCCUAUUAGAAACACGUCUUGGCCGGGCGCGGUGGCUCAAGCCUGUAAUCCCAGCACUUUGGGAGGCCGAGGAGGGUGGAUCACGAGGUCAAGAGAUCGAGACCAUCCUGGUCAACAUGGUGAAACCCCGUCUCUACUAAAAAUACAAAAAAAUAGCUGGGCAUGGUGACGCGUGCCUGUAAUCCCAGCUACUCAGGAGGCUGAGGCAGGAGAAUUGGCUGAACCCAGGAGGUGGAGCUUGCGGUGAGCCGAGAUCGCGCCAUUGCACUCCAGCCUGGGUAACAAGAGUGAAACUCCGUCUCAAAAAAAAAAAAGAAACAUGUCUUACAUCAAAAGAAAUCCAAAUGCUUGUUAAACAGAGCCAAAUUGGCUUACUUUAUUCUUCCAAUUGUGUAAAGUUGAAACGCAUGUCCAAAAAGCUGGCUUGAUUCUGGAUAAUACUAACCUGGCAGGUUCUGCAAAUCCAGUUUCACUGAAGUCCACCACAAGAGUAGGGUGACCUAUAAUUUAGAAGUUUGGUACCCUCUCCCCAAAUGUAUUGUGAUUCUAUAUAUCAGGUCAUCUUCAACACUAAUUGAGUAGAUGUGGUAAAUCCACAUCUAUUUGGCAAUUUCGGUACUGUGUUAUAUGUACUGGGCAAAUAAUUAUUUGGAACACAUUUUUUAAAAAUAGAAGAGAAAAGGAAGAAAGGAGGAGGCCCCAAUAAGAAUUGUAAAGAAUGGAAUAUUUUUAGUAGUUGGACACUCACCUGAGGAUGAUUCACAACAUGGUAAGGUAAUUUUUGUGUUUUGGUUUUUUUGAGACAGAGUUUCACUCUUGUCAUUCAGGCUGGAGGGCAAUGGCUCCAUCUCAGGUCACUGCAACCUCCACCUGCCAGGUUUGAGCAAUUCUCCUGCCUCAGGCUUCAGAGUAGCUGGAAUUACAGCCAUGUGCCACCAAGCCUGGCUAAUUUUGUAUUUUCUUGUAAACAUGGGAUUUCAUCAUGUUGGCCAGGCUGGUUUUGAACUCCUAACCUCAAGUGAUCCCAAAGUGCUGGGAUUACAGGCGUGAGUCACCAUGCCCAGCCUAUUUUUCUUUUAAUGCUGUGAAAUACAUAAAAAAUGAAUUUGGGAGAAAUAAAGAAGGCUUCAAGAAGGAAGUGACAUUUGAGCUAGUAAUAAAAAUAUGUACUUAUUUAUUGGCACUAGAAAUAGAAAGAGGUCUUUGAUUCAAGACAUUACCAAGGAAGAAUAAAUAAAACCUGAUAAUGAAAUCGAUUUUGAGAAAAAGGUGAGGAGAAAAGCAUUUCAUAGGAUGGGUAAGGUGGCAAAUAGCAAUAUUAAUAUUAAGCAAUACAGGAGCAGUUGCAGAUUUUGUAGGAAGGAUAUUGACUUCUUCUAUAGAAAUGUGGAAAGUGCUGGGCACAGUAGCUCAUGCCUGUAAUCCCAGCACUUUGGGAGGCUGAGGCAGGUGGAUCACAGUAUCAGGAGUUUGAGACCAACCUGACCAACUUAGUGAAACCCCAUCUCUACUAAAAAUGCAAAAAAUUAUCCAGGUGAGGUGGCAGACACCUGUAAUCCCAGCUACUCAGGAGGCUGAGGCAGGGGAAUCACUUGAAACCGGGAGGUGGAGAUGGCAGUGAGCGGAGAUUGUGCCACUGCACUCCAGCCUGGACAACAAGUGCGAGACUCUGUCUCAAAAACAGUAUGCAGAGGGCAUUUGUUCCAGCAUUUAGUAUUAAUGACUCUGACAAAAUACCAUUAUCAUUCAAAAGGGUUAAAUAUUUAACAUCCCUAAAGUACCUGAAAUGUGCCUUGUACGAAACUGAACUCAUGCUCCUUCUCCCAGUUUUCCCUAUCUCUUUGAAUGGCUCCAUUACCCAUUUAGUUGAAAAAUCUAGAAACUUAAGCACCAUCCCUAAUACCUCUUGUAACUUCACUCUCAGAUGGAAUGGGUUGCCAUACCCACACAAUUUUAUUGAGUAGUCUGUAUAAGUCUGGAAUCACUCUACUUUACAAUAGCAUUGCAGUAAACUCAGUCUGAAUUUAACUGGACUAUUGCAAAGACUUCCUAAGUGGCAUUCAUGCCACUUUUGCACCUUUGUACUCUUCUGUCCAUUGUCUACACUGCAUCUAGGGAUAUCUUGUCAUGAGUGAUCACAUCUUCUCACUUCUGUAAGUCAUUCAAUGACUUUCUGGUGGUCUGUGCUAUGGACUGAUAUGUGCCUCCAAAAUUUGUACGUUGAACCCCUAAUGUCCAAUGUGACUCAAUCUGGAGAUAAGGUCUUAGGAAGUAAUUAAGGUUAAAUCAAGUCAUAAGAGUGAAUGAGGCUAACAGGACUGAGGCCUUAUAAGAAGAAGGAGAUCUCUUGCACCCUCUCCCCCCAUCCCCUUUCCCUGCCAUGUGAAGACACAGCAAGAAGGUAGCCAUCUGCAAGCAAGAAGAAGGCCCUCACCAGAACCCUGGUCUCAGAUUUCUAGCCAUCAGAACAGUGAGAAAAUUAGCUUCUGCUGUGUAAAGUCACCCAGUCUAUAUUAUUUUGUUGUAGUAGCCUAUGCUGACUAAUACAGUCUUUUUAUAACAAUUAAAUUAUUAAGAAUGGAGUGACUAUCACCUACUAAUCCAGCCUUAUUUUAUACUAUGCUCCACUGCCACCCCUGUUCCCCAGUCUCUGGUUCCAGCCAUACCAAACCAUAGAGCGUUUCAUGUUCUGGAACACCACAUAACCUUUCAACGUGUUUGUUGCAACACUUGGGACAUGAUUUAUUUAGUUGACCCACUCUCAUUCUUCAUAUUACAGCUUAAACAUCACUCCCUAGCAAAGCCUUCCCUGACUCUGACCCACCUGCCCUUUGUCCUGUUUCCUCUUUUAUGCCUUCAUUGAUCAUUGAUUUUCCUAUAAAGCAGUUUGGGUUUGUUGUUGUUUUGAGAUGGAGUCUCAUUCUGUCGCUCAGGCUGGAGUGCAGUGGUGUAAUCUCUGCUCACUGCAACCUCCACCCGCCAGGCCCCCGUCCCCAGGAUUCAAGCUCUUCUCAUGCCUCAGCCUCCUAAGUAGCUGGGGCUACAGGCGCCCAAUACCACAGCUGGCUAAUUUUUGCGUUUUUAGUAGAGACAGGGUUUUGCCGUGUUGGCCAGCCUGGUCUCCAACUACUGGCCUCAAGUGAUCCACCUGCCUCAGGCUCCCAAAGAGCUGGGAUUACAGGCGUGAGCUGCCAUGCCUGGCAGACAUUAAGGAUCUUGAGAGAGAAAGAGAUUGUCCCAAAUCAUGUUGGUGGGUCCUAAAUGUAAUCACAAGUAUCUUUAUAAGAGGAGGACAAAAGGAGACUAAACUACAGAAGGCAAGUGAUAACUUAGCAGAGACUGAAAUGAUGUGGCCACAAAUCAAGGAAUGCUGGCAGCCACUUAGAAGCUGAACAUUUCCAGGCCAAGAAUGAAUUCUUCCCUGGAGCCUCCAAAAGGAGCUAGCCCUGUCUUUGAUUUUAGCCCUGUAAGAAUCAUUUUGGAAUUCUUGUCUCUAGAGCUAUGAGAGAAUAAAUUUCUGUUGUUUUAACCCAUGAAGUUUGUGGUAAUGUUUUACCACAGCAACGGGAAACUAAUAAAAAAAGUAAAAUUGUAAAUUCAAGACAAUAAAAUGUCUAUUUCUGAAGUAAUUACCUGGACAUGCUUUAAAAGUUGGAUACUUUUUGUAGGCGUAAUUUCUCAACUAGCUCUGUGCAUUGGAUAUUUUUAAUAUUUGUAUGUUUUCCCUAAAUAUUCAUUUUGGUUUAUUGUAGCUUUAAAGGUAUCCACUUGUGAAAUGUCUGUACUAUGUUGAGGUAUAUAAAGGCAUUUUUAAACAGUCUUUGUUUGCCUUUGUUCCAGUAAAUUCUCAGCAGUUUCUAACUUAAAAAUAGGAUAAAGGUUUUCAUCCAGAUUGGGAACAAAGCAGAGUUGGCCCAUUGUUUCUUGUCCACCAUAGCCUAGAGAUGUCAGCUUAAAGGAUGAUGUCAGAUCAGUUCAGGUACUUAAUUGUGUUUUUACAUAAAUGUAGUUCAUAUCUCUAGAGGCAACAUAAAAAUAAUAACUUCCAGCACCUCUGAACAAAGUCGAAUAUGUGGACACAUACAAGUUGGAUUUCUGGUCCCUUCGUUUCAUAUUAGAGAGUCACCCCUACUUAUUCUAGCCUACCCCUUGUCUUCAGCCAGAGGAAUAGCAGUGGAUCAUUCCCACAGCCUACAUUCUCCAGCAGCUGCCUUCAUUCCAGCUUGAAAGGAAUUCCCUGGCAGCCCAUUGGCCCAAGAGUAAGGAAAUGGUUGCUUAGCAACUGACUCCUGCCCCUCCACAGCCCUGAGAAGAGGAGCUCUUGGGCCAAUCACCUAGUUUCUGCCUGUGCUACAGUAAAGAGGAGCUGCUUGAGAGAAGAUGAAGCCCUUGUCUCUGUUAAUAGGGAUAUUGAUAAUUCUUGGGGCCACAAUUAAAAAAAGGGCAAGACUUGGGAGGACUCAAGAUGGCGCUGUGAGAACAACCCAGGAUUGGAGCUCUUCUCGUUGAAUCUGCAAACGCUAUCAAAGCAGAAAAACAUAAUAAAAGACAAAAGGAAAGAAAUGUCACCACACAGAUAUUGAUGCUCCGGGAGUCACUGGAAUCCACAUGUUGAAGCUGGUAUCAGGGAACAAAAUCAAACAAUAUUUAUCACACAUAUUGGAACAAAGAACAUCAAGUAAUAUAAUCAAUAAAAGAGAAAAUCUCUUAGAAAAAAAGAAGAAUCAACAUAAAAUAACAAUAAAAGAAAUUCAAAAUAAAGAUAUCUUGAAGAGAAAUAAGAAUCAUUUACAAAAGCAAGCAGAGAAAAAUUUUACAGAUGAAGGAGACCAGCUAUUUAAGAUGGGCAUCAAGAUUCUCCAGCAGUCUAAAAGCCAAAAACAAAAAGAAGAAGCCUACCUCCUUUUUGCCAAAGCAGCUGACAUGGGAAACUUGAAAGCUAUGGAGAAAAUGGCUGACGCUUUGCUAUUUGGAAAUUUUGGCUUGCAAAAUAUAACAGCAGCUAUCCAAUUAUAUGAGUCCUUGGCUAAAGAAGGAUCAUGUAAAGCCCAAAACGCAUUAGGAUUUUUAUCUUCUUAUGGAAUAGGAAUGGAAUAUGAUCAAGCCAAGGCACUAAUAUAUUACACCUUUGGAAGUGCUGGAGGAAGCAUGAUGUCCCAGAUGAUUUUGGGGUACAGAUAUUUGUCAGGAAUCAAUGUUCUACAAAAUUGUGAAGUUGCCCUAAGUCAUUACAAGAAAGUGGCAGAUUAUAUUGCUGACACAUUGGAAAAAAGUGAAGGUGUUCCAGUGGAAAAAGUGAGACUAACAGAAAGAGCUGAAAAUCUGAGUUCUAACAGUGAGAUUUUGGAUUGGGACAGAUACCAAUACUAUAAAUUUUUGGCAGAAAGAGGAGAUGUUCAGAUACAAGUCUCUCUUGGACAAUUACAUCUAACUGGGAGAAAAGGUCUAGAUCAGGAUGACUACAAAGCAUUAUACUACUUCUUAAAGGCAGCGAAGGCUGGGAGUGCAAAUGCCAUGGCAUUUAUAGGAAAGAUGUAUUUAGAGGGGAAUGCUGCCGCACCGCAAAAUAACGCUACUGCCUUCAAGUACUUCUCCGUGGCAGCCAGUAAGGGCAAUGCAAUUGGUCUUCAUGGGCUUGGUCUUCUUUACUUUUAUGGAAAAGGAGUUCCUGUGAAUUAUGCCGAAGCGCUUAAAUACUUUCAGAAAGCUGCAGAGAAAGGGUGGCCCAAUGCACAGUUCCAGUUAGGCUUCAUGUACUACUCUGGCUCUGGAAUAUGGAAGGAUUAUAAGCUUGCUUUCAAAUAUUUUUACUUGGCAUCUCAAAGUGGGCAGCCCCUCGCCAUUUAUUAUCUGGCCGAGAUGUAUGCAACAGGAAGAGGAGUAGUAAGAUCGUGCAGAACUGCCGCGGAGCUUUAUAAAGGGGUCUGUGAACUAGGCCACUGGGCUGAGAAAUUCCUGACAGCUUACUUUGCCUAUAAGGAUGGUGAUAUAGAUUCUUCUCUUAUUCAGUAUGCACUGCUUGCAGAAAUGGGAUAUGAAGUAGCUCAAAGCAAUUCGGCAUUCAUUUUGGAAUCUAAAAAGGCUAACAUUCUUGAAAAAGAGAAGAUGUAUUCAAUGGCACUUCUCCUAUGGAAUCGAGCUGCCAUUCAAGGCAAUGCAUUUGCUAGAGUAAAAAUUGGAGAUUACCAUUACUAUGGCUAUGGGACUAAGAAAGACUAUCAAACAGCAGCCACACACUACAGCAUUGCAGCCGACAAAUACCACAGCGCACAAGCCAUGUUCAAUCUGGCUUAUAUGUAUGAGCACGGCUUAGGCAUUGCAAAGGACAUUCACUUGGCCAGGAGAUUGUACGACAUGGCUGCUCAAACGAGUCCAGAUGCCCACAUACCUGUAUUCUUCGCCCUCAUGAAACUGGAAACAAUGUAUCUGCUCCAAGAUACCCUGUUUUUUAAUCAGUUCACAAUGAGAUGGAAAUGGCUGGAAAUGGACACCACCAUUGGACCAUGCUGGGACCUAUUUGUGAUUGGCCUCAUUGUGGCUGGGCUGAUUUUCUUGCUGAGAAAUCACCAUGGAUAGGAUGCGGAUCAUGGGAAAAUCUGCUCACGGGAACCAGUUCACUACAAGAUAUCCCCACUAAAUAAACAGUUUCCCUAUCCAAA